UAUUUUCAAAAAAUUUUGCUGAAAAUCUUCCAAAAAAAUUGAAAUGUAGUGUGUUUUUAUGGAAAUUUUAGAAAGAAAUUGUCCAGUUGUUUUGGUAUUUAUUAAUUUUGAGCGAUUUUCAGUCCCUUCUGCUCUCUCUGCAUUUCUAUAAAACCCAAUUUCACGUUUGUUUCAUUCGUUAUUACCAUAACAACCGAAGACAAUAUUUUUUUUAAAUAUAGAAAAUGUAAACCGAGGUUACUAUUUAUCUAAAUCAAGUCAUUACCUUCAUGAAAAUGGACGAUUCCAGCGAAGUAGCCAACAGUCGAAUUGUCAAGUCCAACGAAGACGAUGUUGCUGAAUUCCAAAUAAGGCCUUCAAUUGAGAAAAGAUUUUCAAAAGACCUCGCGAAAGAAAUCAUUCACAAUGUCUUAAACGAAGAGCUCAGUAACGUCAAGUAUGAUAAAGACGAAAUUGAGAAAUUAUGCAAAAAUAUUCCCAGAAAACUCAAGGAAAGAUUAAGAGCUAGCAUUGAUCCUAAUUAUAAACUUAUUGCUCAUGUUGUUAUUGGAGAGCAAAGAGGAGCUGGAGUAAGAUCAGUAGCUCGAUGUUUAUGGGAUUCCGCUACUGACGCUAUUGCGUCGAUAUCAUUUGAAAAUAAUUCUGUGUUCUGCGUUGCUACUGUCUACGCUGUUUAUUUUUAUUAAUGUUAUGUAGGUAUCUGUAUUAUUGUUCCUAUAUGUACGUGUAAUUUUUAUGUUAUUUGAUAUGUUCUUUUCUUGACAUGAGUUUGUUUUAACGAGGUUUUUUCCACGUAUGUAAAUAUUAUUCUCAAUGUAAAAUUGUGAAAAGAAAUAAUGUGAUCUAGGGACAUAGAAAAUACAUUCGAGUACUGUGAUGUAUUUAUUACCUUGUUGUAAUGAAUAAGAAUAAAGCAUUUUUUUAAUUUUGUA